AUGGCAAAUACUUAUACGGAUCUAUCUUCUGCAGAUGAUACAGAUGAUAAAUUCAUAGUGACAAUGUCAACGGAUAAAUUGCAAACAGUAUGUAAUCAAAUGGAAGAUGAUGAUCCGGAAGCGGAAGAUGAUGAACCGGUUAGCUUCGUUGUAUGGGAUACGCAAGUUACUCCGUUUACAUCUGAUUUAAUAGAUGAAGCAAUAAAUGAUGUUGAUGUAGUCGAUAUUUCUACGCCAUCAGCAACGCCAUCCGGUAUAUCAGAAUAUUUAAUGAUUAUGCCACGCCGUCAUCAUCGAGCACACUUAUUUGAUGACGAAAAUUUGACAUCUUCGUCAAAUUUAUCACAAUCAAGUUAUAGUCAAAGAUGA